AUGGAGUAUUCAAGUCAUGAUUCCGUUCAGGACCCCAAUUUUAUGCCCGAUGAAGACUUUAGUGACACAAGUACAAGUGACGACAAUGACAGUCAGAUUUGGAACCCUCCUAGGUUUUCAAGGCGUUUGUCAACAUGUUCGGAUAGUGAUAUACCUCCAUUGCCUGAAAUAGAACGGCUUAGGUCAUUAAAGACAGCUCCUGUCGAUUCAGAACUCCAGCCACCAAACGUGCCAAGUACUUCUGGUUCUACUGAUGCUCAAAUUUCUGAACAAGAGUGGAUGGAAGAACAACUGUCCAACAUACAAUGGGAAAUGCCAAGUCAUGAUGAUCAUCCUGCCAUAGAUUAUACUGUACCAAGUUCCGAUUCUUCUGCUAGAUCAAGAAACCACCUAUGUACUCCAGUAACUAGAGACGAUAUGUUGAAAUUUUUGGCUCUAGUUGAAUGGAUGGAUUUGGUGAAAUUACCAAGUAUCAAAGAUUACUGGAGAAACCACAAACUCUAUGGUAUACCCCUAGCUCGUCCUGUUAUGCCUCGGAAUAGAUUCGAGCUGAUUCUAAAAUUUGUUUAUUUCGCCAGCAACCAAACUGAUGAUACUGAUGACAGACUGUAUAAAAUAAAAGACGUACUCAAUAUGUUUAUAAAAGACUAUCAAAAUGUCUACACACCAGGAGAAAAAGAACCUAAUACAGAAGUCUCAGAAAAGGUAGUGCUAUCUUUGGCAGAGGGUCUUUUCAACGAGGGCAGGACCAGGUACACAGACAACUAUUACACAAGUGUUCCACUUGCACUGCGAAUGCGUAAACGAAAGACACAUUUAGUAGGGACAUUGAGAAGUAACAGAAAAUACUUGCCUAAGGAAGUUACCAACACAAAACUAAAAAAAGGCGAAAUAGCAGCUCAGCAAUCAAGUAAACGCAUCGUAGCUUUGAAAUGGCGUGACAAGCGAGAUGUGCUUAUACUUUCCACAAAGCAAUCUGGUCUAAAAACGAUCGCCAAAAGGAACAGAAGAGGUGAAAGCAUAAGAAAACCUGCAUGUAUUGAAGAUUAUAAUCUAGGUAUGCUCGAAGGAUCCAAUCACACAUCAGUGACUGCUACCCCUAGCUCAGUCAGUGCUAAACAUUACCUGGUCCCGAAUAUGAAAGAUGGAGUGAAAAAGAAAGCUCGUUGUUCUGAAUGUUAUAAGAAAUACGGUAGGUACAAGGAAAAAUACCAGGAAAAACCAUCGAGGGAAAACUACGAGAAGCUGCCCAAGUUGUAA